AUGCUGCAGUGGUCAGGUCAGAUUCAGCCUCAGCUGUGGUUAUGUCUGCAGGGCUCGGGGCCGGAGGCUGAGAGGCAGAGGGAGAGCAGGCAGCUGCUGGAGAAGCAGAGGCAGGUUGUGAAGGCUCUGCAGUCCAACUGCGCAGCAGCACAUAGCAGAGCCCAAGCAGCCAUGCAGAGGGAGCAGCAGUGUGAGGAGCCCAGUCUACAAAGGGAGCAGCAGUGUGAGGCCAGACAUGAGAGAGAGCAGCAGUGUGAAGACGCCAGACCACAGAGAGAGCAGUGCAAGGAGGCCAGACUGCAGCCUGUGAUGAAGACGCACCACAAACGAACAUCCAAGGAGAGGUCUGAGAGACAGAACCUAAAGUCUAUACUCGGGGAGGAUUUGAAAGAGCAGCAGCUGUUCAGGAGGAAGCAGAAUCCCCAGGCUGUGGAGGGCUGCCAACCUGGGGGCACAGUGCCCCCUGCAUUAUCCGUGCCCUCGCCACCUCUCUAUCUAAGAGGAGACAGCAGUGACAGCAGUGACAGCAGUGACAACCAGGACACGACAGCCCCUGAGCACCCGCAGCAGCAGGAUGAAGAGGAUCAAGACGAGGCUGCUGGAGGAGACCUGGAGCUCCCCGAGUUCAGUGGCAUGUGGGCCCACGGCUAUAAGGACUUUGAAGUGAAGCAGCGGUACAAGAGGAAGGUGGUUCUGACCAAUGUGAGUUACAGCUCUAGUGAGUGCAGGCUCACGGGGCUGUCAGCCGCCCUCAGCAGCUGCAUGUCUGUUAGGGUCAUCUGCUCCCCCAAGAAGAGUCAGGUGGAGGUGGACUCGGUGGAUGUGGACUUGGGCUCAUCUGUGGUGGGGGAGACUGUGACCCGCUCCAUUACUCUUACUAAUCGUGGAGCUCUGGGCUGUGAGUUCAAGCUGGAUAUGGGGGACCAGGGAGAGCAGAGGUCUGUCCCACCCCUCAGACCAAUGGUGACUGAAGGCUUCAUUGGGCCUUUCCAGAGCAUCAAACUGGAGCUGGCGUUCAAAGGCACCGUUCCUGGAGUCACCACACACACCGUCUACAUCCACAGCUCAGACUGCAGCCGGCGGAUCCUGGUCCAGGUGAAGGCCACAGUGGUCAGUGUGCCUGUGUGGGCCAGUCCCAGUGACGUGGAGAUGAAGAUCUGCCUGUGGGACGAGUGCUACCACCACUGCCUCUGUGUGCAUAGCCGAGCCAGCACAGCUCUAAGGCUGACAUUUGAGGUGGCUCCAGGGCUGAGGAAGUACAUGGAGGUAGUCCCAAAGACAGGCUUUGUCCAGGCCCAGUCCAGCUUCAAAGCCCUGCUCAAGUUCCAGCCCAGACGCUCUCUUGUAGAAGAGGCAGGGAAGAUGUUCGACCAAGACACAGGCGUGCUGGAGACCCCUGUGGAAGUACAUGUGGCAGGACAGACUGUACGUGUCACGGUCAGUGCUGUGCUGACCUGCAGUGACCUGACCUUGGACACACAGGAGCUGGACUUUGGCCCAUGCUCAGUGCACCAGGCCAUCCGGAGCAGUGUGUACCUCAGCAACAUGUCCCUCCUGCCCCAGGACUAUGGCUUCUGCAGGGUUCCUGAGUUUUUGGAGGUGCUGCCUCAUGACGGCUUUGGCACACUGCUCCCACAGGAGACUCGAAGACUUGACGUAGUCUUCAGACCCAGGAGAGCACAGGACUACAGCUGCCAGCUCUACUGCAGGACAGGACUGAGCCGGGAGCUGAAGCUAGCCUGCAGAGGGAUAGGAGUGCGCCCUCCUCUGAAGCUCUCUCACACUUCGGUACAGUUUGGAGCGACAGUGGUUGGUCAUGUUUCCUCUGCUCUGGUUCACCUGAUCAACACUGAAGCACUCCUUUCCGCUGCUGGGCCCCGUCUCUUCAGCUUCCAGGUGCCUGACCACUCCAUGGUCAGUGUGUGCCCCUGCACCGGCCAGCUUCAGCCUGGAGAGCACUGUUUGAUCCAGCUGACGUUCAGGCCCUCACUGUGUGAAGCAGAGAAUGGCUCAGACACAGGGACUCAAGCUGAGGUAUCUCCAGCAGAGGGCAGCAGAGCAGUGCAGCGUGAGAGCCCUGCAGGGCUGCCUCAGAGUCAGCACCAUGGGCACCUCACCCUGACCUGCUGUGUGUCAGAUGCUACCUCUGGGAGCUCAGAGCAGGCCCCUUCCUGGAGCCCCUUGAACAUGUUGUGGUUGAUGCUGCAGUACCCUAUCAUACAGCCCCCUCUGCUGGUGACCAGUGGGACUUCAGUGACCUUCCAUCCUGUUGCAGUCGGAGAAACUGCCCUGCACAAGUGUUUCGUUCAAAACAUUUCUGAGGAGUCUUUAGAUUUGGGCUCCUCACUGCUCUCUGUGGAGGGGGCAUUCUCCGUGGUGAACGCCCUGCGGCCCCUCGCACCUGGUCACACUCACACACUGCUGCUGAGCUUCUGCCCAAGGAAAGCCAUGAAGUACUGUGAGCAGCUGGAGCUGCGCAGCCAGCGGGGCUCUCUGUGGCUGUGCCUUAGGGGGCAGGGCCUUCAGUCAGAGGUUUCCUGCUCGACCUCUGACCCCGAGAUGGACUUUGGCCAUGUCUUGCUCAACGACCGCUGCAGCCGCACUGUGACACUCCAGAACACCUCAGCCGUAGAGGUGGGAUAUAGGACCCUUCUCUCCAGCCAGACUGCACCCCUGGUGGCCCCGCCACCCCCACUUGUGUCAGGUGAUUGUGGUGAGAGUGUGUUCACCGUGCAGCCAGCAGGGGGCAGGCUUUCUCCGGGACAGAGUGUGGACUUGCGCAUUUGUUUCCACCCCAAAGCAGAGCGAGAGUUUAGAGCCCGUCUCACUGUGCAACUAUCCGACCAGAGUGUAGUGUGUGAGACAGACCUGCAGGGCGCAGCGUGGUCCAAAAGCAUCUUUGUGAGUGGAGGAGACCGUCUCUGCACUCAGGCCCCUGGGACAGCCACGCCCCCAGUGAGUGAGGCCUCCCCAAUGCUGGUAACCCUGACUGGUGCAGGGGCAGGCUCCAAGGGCUCUGUGGUGCGAGAGCUGAAGGUGGGCUAUGUCCGCUCUACACUGCCCAACAAGAAGAACGUAGAGUUUGUGUGGGAGGAUUCUGGAUGUCUUCAGGGACACGGCUUCAGCAUUGAGCCCAGUCGAGGAGCAGUGGAACCAGGCACCACAUGCACUGUGAGCCUCACGUGGACUCCCCCUGCUGGAUACAAGCCCCACGACGUGCUGCAGAGCCAUGUGUUUCUGAGAGCCAACUCAGUCACACUGUACAAUGUCACACUGAUGGGCAUGUUCUCCUCCUGA